GCCGCCGUCCGAGCUUGCAAAGGAUCCGCUUGCAAAGCCCGAUCUGGUUAACAAGAAGAAGAGGAAAAGGAGACUGUCGAAUACGGAAUACCUUGCCGCCGCCGCCGCCGCCGCCGCCGAUGCUCCCCGCAGUGCGAGCCGGUGCCCUCGGCCGGUGGCGCUCGCCGCGGAACCUCCUCCCGCGCCUCCUCUCCUCCUCCGCCGGCGCCUCGCCCGCCCGUCCGCAGGCGGCGGCGCUGCUGGAGCUCUCGGAGGUGGAGAAGGUGCUUCGCGAUGUCCGGGCGGGCGACGUGCGCGUCUUCCCCGUCGGCGAGGGCGGGCUGCACGGCGGCGCCUGCGCCGACUACAUGGUCGUCGCCACAGGCCGCUCCGACUGGCACGUCCGCAACAUCGCGCAGGCGCUCCUCUACAAGAUAAAGCAGAAGCAGAAGGGCUCUGAUAGAAUAUUGAUGCCUAGUGUGGAAGGCCAGCAAGCUGGAAAGUGGGUUGUCAUUGAUUCAGGAAGCAUAAUCAUCCAUGCACUUGAAGAAAGGGCAAGAGAGUAUUAUGAUUUAGAAAGCAUUUGGUCAAAAGAGGUGUCUCCUAAUACUUCUGUUCAGGUGUUCCAAUCUACAUAGGAAGGUGCAUGAAUUCGAUGUAAGAUCAUACUUGUUUCAUGCCCAUUUGCUUUAUAUAGUGGGAAAAUGAGUUAUACGCAAAAUCAGUCCAAUCUACAACUUCUUACAAGACUGGAAUGUAACUACCAGAAACUAGAUGUUGAAUUAAGUAGAAAGAAAGAAGCACUAGGACCCUAGCAAAAAUGUCAACUUCCUCAUUAUUAACUCCUUUAUAUCAGUCCUGUUUCCAGUUAUCUUCCUGUUCCACAUCCUCAUGAGCAAUCUUUCUCAUAGGGUCACUCACUUUAUUGGAAAUGAAUAUUCAUAUAUACCUUACACUGCAGUAAUCUAAGGUAGUAAGGUAUUUGCUAACUAAUUGUUUAUGGGUUUAUGCCCUAACAUGCUGACAACUGCAUGACUACAAUAUUAUAUGAACACAAUGAUACAACCCUGUCAGACGCAUGCUGAACUGCAGUGCAAUCAAGAAAAGCAUGCAAUUUUCAUAUUAAAUGUACCAUGAACAAGGAAAAAUCACAAAGACGAAUGGCAUUGCUGUUCAUCCAAAUUCUGGAGUGCGCUGAUGUGACUGGUAUAUAGGAUUGCCAUCAGAUUGGAAGUGGGACGUAUGAUUUGCUAGCCAUUGUAUUCGCUGCCAAAGUUGAGAAGUUCACUGGGUACUUCGGUUGAGGGAGAUAUGUGUAUCUGGUAGUUACAUCAAAUGUCUUAAGGAACUUUGUCAUCAGAUGACCUAGAAAAAAUAAGAAAUUUUGAGGAAAAGGGCGUGCAGUACCUCACUCCUAAGGUUUGCCCCUCAACAUCUACCAUUGGUCAGCAUUGUUAUCUCUGCGUCGUGGUCAUGGAUAUAGAGAUUCUCGGUGGCAGUAGGGUUCCCAAACUUGGCAUGCAUCAAAGUUCCCAAUGGCAGUAAUCUCUUUCUUCUUUUCAACAUUUCCCAGGAGGGCAGUAAUUCUGAUUUCUGAGACAUGCUGAAAGCCCAGAAAGGGUUCAGUACACAAGAAAGUGUACUGACAUUUCAAUAGGGAAUCAGAUUAUCCAGAUUCCAGAUAAAUGUUGUGAGAAAUUAAUUUUACAACCUUUACAGGAAUAGACAGCAUUUCCUGUGUGUCUUCAUCUGGAUUAUUUUUUUUGUAAAGUUGACAAACCAAAGUCACAUGUUCUUGUUCUGAAUUUUGAGAUGGAUUUGUGUAUACAUGGUCAGUGGCUAAUAGGAUUUCAAUUCUUUUCAUAUCAUUUCAAAUUUGAUUCAUCUUCUCUUCUAUCGAGUCACAGUG